CGAAAAAGUACGCUCGCACACUUUUGCCGAGCGCUUUGAAGAAUGUUUCGCGUUUAAAUAUCACAUGUGUCUACAUUCUUUUACAUUACUAUUCUACGUUAAAGUAGCGCGUUAAUUUUAUACAUCCCGUUAAUCUACGGUACGUCGUACAAGUCUAAAAAACGCGCGCAAGAUCGCCGCGGCAUCGGAGUGACGUUAGCCGUCAAGUAGCGAGUGUCGACGUUUGAGUGGACGCGCGGGCGACGACCCAUAAAAGGGAGAUCGCGCUCUCGCGGGCGCACAGUCGCGCACCGUCUACCCGCCGGUACGGUACGGAGCGGAGCCGAACGGCACGCGCGAGCGUGGCAGCGUUGUAUUCCCAUUUCACUCGACGCCCGGCACUACCCGCGGGAAGCAACAGUUAUGCCCUCGAGGAUCAUUGCCGCCGACCCGCUGCGCUGCUGAACCUCGUCGCGCGUGUGCCCGCGUACGUAUGGCGUAUGGCUUACCCUAUGGCAUGGCAUCGCGGAACUUCGCACUGUGCGCCCUUAUUGUCGCCUUCCUCCACACCAGUCUCGGACAAACGCCGCCCAAGUCCGAGGUCCUGCCCGAAUUUCUGGCGCUCCUGGAAAAUCACACGGUCACCCAAGGUCGCGACGUCUCCUUCACCUGCGUCGUUAAUCAUCUCCAGUCUUACAAGGUCGCCUGGAUAAAGUCGGAUUCGCGUGCGAUUUUGGCCAUUCACACGCACAUGGUGGCGCACAACUCACGCUUGUCCGUCACUCACAACGGCCAUAACACAUGGAAGCUGCACGUGACUAACGUUCAGCCGAACGACUCCGGCACGUACAUGUGUCAAGUUAAUACGGAUCCUAUGAGGAGCCAGACCGGUUACAUGAAGGUUGUGAUACCGCCCGAUAUCAUGGACCUGGACAACACCGCGGAUAUGCUGACCACCAAGGAAAACGGCGAUCUGCUGUUACGAUGUCGGGCUACCGGCAAUCCAGAACCGGUGGUGAUCUGGCGACGGGAGGAUGGCCGAAACAUCACGCUGAGGGACGAGAACAGCGUGAAGCGAACAGCGCGUACGUUUGAGGGCGAGCAACUUCAUCUGCGGGGCAUUCAGCGACAGGAGAUGGGAUCUUAUCUCUGUAUCGCGUCGAACGGGGUGCCGCCGUCGGUCAGCAAGAGAUAUUACGUCAACGUCCGUUUCAAACCGCUGAUUAAAGUCUCAAACCAGUUAGUAGCGGCGCCCGUCGACAGCGACGUCCUCCUCCAGUGCUACGUCGAGUCCUCGCCGAAGGCUCUGAACACGUGGUACAGAAACAACGGAGUCAAACUACUCGCUGGUGAGAAACACGAUAUAUCGGAAGUAACCGUCAACGAUUAUGCAUAUCAGCUGAAUCUCACUGUUAAACACCUUGACAAAUCUGAUUUCGGCACGUACACGUGUGCAGCUGAAAACGCUUUCGGAAAAACGGAGGGGUCGAUAAGGCUACAAGAGCUGCAGAUGUCCAAGCCGACGACAGUCUCCACGCGACAUACCGAGAUCAUCGAGAAGCACACCUGGCGCAAGCAGACGGAGAAGAAGGAGAAGAAACACUCGUUUGUGCACGACAAAGCGGAGUCGGAUCUGACCCUGAAGAGCGUGGGCCACACUACGCCGAUGUCCAGACGAAAUUCGUCAAACUCAUUGCCGAAUAUCGCGAACAAGUCGCGAAUCUCCUCCGCGUUUCCGGCGCCGGCACCGGCCCCGGCGCAUUCGGCACCGACGCAACUGGACACCCAGAACGGCGUGGAAUCAUUGCGCGAUUCGCGACUCUGUCACGUCGGCCUCGCCGUGAUCGUCCUGAUGAUUUUAAAUCACGACUGAAAGAGACCGAGGCAAUGAGAUCGUACAAUCAUAACGAAGUUGGAUCACUGAUCGCAAUUUCGGUCGACAGUUGAAAGACAUGCGAAGUGGAAUUACGUCUAAUCGAUAUUACGAUAAUGUUUUGUCACAUUUUCGUUUAAGUGCCGAAAGAACGCGGCGGGGACGCGAGAUAUUGAAAGUGUCGGUAUUUUGCUGUAAAUAAUGAGACAUUUUUAUGACAAUAAAUGUAGUUGCGUCUGAAAAGUAAAUGAGAUCACGAAAAAGUAUCUGAGAAGUAGAUGAUCACGCUGCUAAAAAUGUACGCUUGUACGCUCAUUAUACAAAGUGCGUUCCAGACGAUGCUGCGUUUGCUAAUGUUAAUUUUACAUCGAACCUGAGGCGAUAAAUUGACGUGUGAUAUUGUUCCUUUAUUUCGAUGAAAGAACACCAUUUUACAUACUGUCGAUUAGUAGGCGCUAUUAAACAUAAGAAUCAGAUGAAUCGAUCCGAUUGGUUCGUGUAAUUAUCGGUCAAUAUAGAUAAGCGUAUACGUCGGCGGAGUAAUUAAAGAGGGGUCCAUAUUAAAAGCCGACUGAAUUCGGGGUUCGUCCCAGUGAGAAAUGAUUCGUCGAUCGACGUCGAAAUGAUGUCGUCGACGUCAAUUCGACGGUGUCGAUCGACGAAUCAUUUCUCACUGGGGUUGGUCUUCAGGCACUGACUGAAUUAAAUUCAUUCGUCUCUAGGAACAGCCGUAUUUAACUCUAACGAGAAUUAUGACAUGUAUAUAUGUAUGACAAUAAAUGUUGUUUCUACUAUCCGCGAGCGCGAUCUCCCUCUUUCAGGAUGUUCUACGGUUUUUCUUUUCAGCAGGUCUCUUUUUUUUAAUACGCAACUAGAAACGAU